AUGUGUGGGAAGUCGGAGCGUGGUCUUGGUGGAAAUGUCUGGUGUACUGAGAUCGGCAUUACCUAUAAAGUACCAAGCAACCAUCUGCGACAGUCAGUAAGACAAAUAAAUCAAAGAAGAUCUGGGUAUGGGCUCCAUAUGCGCGUAACUGAUACGAUCAAGUUCGAUACAAGUAUAGGAGUUCGAGCGCUGGCUGCCGCACGGCAUUCGACGUCGCGCCUUCGCUCCCGCAACUCGCCGAACCAGGUCUUGGUUAAGCUCGAAGAGUUCCAGAACUACUAA